GAGCCCGCCAGCCCGUAUCUCCGGCACCAGCUACGCCGCGGUGGUUGUCACUAUGGCCCAUUACAAAGCUGCCGACUCGAAGCGCGAGCAGUUCCGGAGGUACUUGGAGAAGUCGGGGGUGCUGGACACGCUGACGAAAGUGUUGGUAGCCUUAUAUGAAGAACCAGAGAAGCCCACCAGUGCUCUGGAUUUUUUAAAGCAUCACUUAGGAGCUGCCACCCAGGAAAACCCAGAAAUAGAGCUGCUUCGUCUAGAAUUGGCAGAAAUGAAAGAGAAAUACGAAGCUUUCAUCUCAAAAUCAGAUUUGCUUACAAACAGCAUCUUAGAAAAACAUUCUCCAGCAUUGCUGUUCAAGUGCCUUCCUUGUUUAGAAAAGACAAAGGGAGGCCAUAGGAUAUACACAAACUACAGUUCAAACAGAUGA